AUGGGUGAAGAAAACUUGAGGAAAAGAAAAGGCAAGGAGAACAGAGAAGAGGACAGUCAAUCCAUCCAGAGUGAUGAACACCAAACUACAAACCUACAGAAAGAGGUGGGCCUGAUCAGUGGAAUCUGUAUGAUUGUUGGUACAAUUAUUGGUUCAGGUAUCUUUGUUUCUCCAAAAUCAGUACUUGCCAAUGUUGAAGCUGUGGGUCCUUGUUUAAUCAUCUGGGCAACCUGUGGAAUUCUUGCAACAUUAGGUGCACUUUGUUUUGCUGAGCUUGGCACAAUGAUCACAAAAUCAGGGGGAGAAUAUCCUUACCUUAUGGAGGCAUUUGGCCCAAUUCCAGCAUACCUGUUUUCUUGGAUAAGCUUACUCGUCACAAAACCCAGUUCUUUUGCAAUCAUUUGUCUCAGCUUUGCGGAAUAUGUAUCAGCUCCUUUUUAUCCAGGCUGUGAUCCACCUGAAGUUGUCAUCAAAUGUCUUGCAGCAGCAGCCAUUGUGGUAAUUACAACAGUGAAUUCACUGAGCGUGAAGCUAGGAAGCUAUCUCCAGAAUUUUCUCACAGCUGCUAAAAUGAUCAUUGUCACAAUCAUUAUUGUAAGUGGAAUUGUUCUUCUUGCACAAGGAAAAACUGAGAAUUUUAAAGAUUCUUUCAAGGACAGUAAAAUUUCCCUUAGUUCUAUCAGUCUGGCAUUUUAUAAUGGACUCUGGGCAUACGAUGGAUGGAAUCAACUUAAUUACAUCACAGAAGAACUUAAAAAUCCUUACAGAAAUCUACCACUAUCUAUAAUUAUUGGGAUCCCCUUGGUUACAGUUUGUUACGUUUUGAUAAAUGUUUCAUAUUUCACCGUAAUGACUUCAACAGAACUCCUGCAGUCCCAGGCAGUUGCUGUGACAUUUGGGGAUAGAGUCCUUUAUCCAGCCUCUUGGAUAGUUCCUCUCUUUGUCGCCUUUUCUACAAUUGGAUCUGCCAAUGGAACCUGUUUUACUACAGGCAGACUUGUUUAUGUAGCAGGCCGUGAAGGGCACAUGCUAAAGGUGCUGUCUUACAUUAGUGUUAAGCGUUUAACACCAGCACCUGCUAUCAUAUUUUCUGGGGCCGUUGCUAUUAUUUAUAUUAUCCCUGGUGACAUAGAUACGCUCAUAAACUAUUUUAGUUUUGCAGUCUGGAUAUUUUAUGGCUUAACUGUACUUGCACUCAUUGUUAUGAGGUUUACAAAAAGAGAACUCAGGAGACCAAUCAGGAUACCUUUUGUCAUUCCGAUCAUAGUGAUGUUUGUCUCCAUUUUACUGGUAUUGGCACCAAUCAUCACUGCACCUGAAUUGGCAUAUUUAUACUGUGUCUUAUUUAUACUCAGUGGACUUAUAUUUUACGUACUUUUUGUUCAUUUUAAAUUCCACUGGGCUCAAAAAAUAUCAAAGUCCAUUACUAUGCACCUUCAGAUGCUUUUGGAAGUUGUUCCAGCAGAGAAAGUUACUGAAUAA